GGUUGAGGAGGAAUCAGAAGGCCCUCCCUCCCCUUCCCCAGAGGCCAGUGUGUGUGGGGGUGCAGGGGGGUUGGAGGCCAGUGUGUGUGUGGGUGCAGGGGUGUGUGGAAGGGGGUCAGAGCAGCGACUGCAGGUGAAGAUCCAGGCAUUUGAGGAGAAGAUGGGGGAUGAGGGGGGAGAGGGGGAGACAGACGGCGGGUCAACUACACACCAACGCAGAUACAGCAUGGGACAAGCCGCUAGAGAGGAAUACAGAGAGAUGAGAUUUAACAGGUCAAAGAGUCUGGCUCUGCACGCCGUGAGGUCACGGUCCAUCAACUCUGAGAGUGGUCAGGAUGGAGAAGGGGUGGAGCUAACGUCUGAUGCAUUUCUCUCAGUGUCCCCACCCAAUCAGCAAACGGAAAACUUAGACACCUCUCCCACUGAGAGGGAACUAACCAAUGAGGGUUCCCUGUCUCCCGCCACCCCUCCGGCCACGCCCCGUGAGGAACAGAGGGAUGGACAGGGAGAGGGGGAAGGAAGGAGAGGAGUGAAGAGGGACACUGGGAAAGAGGACAAGCUGUACAGCCACCUGAGGGACAACAUGGAGAAGAUCAAAGAGUUCUGUUCUGUGAUGGUCCAACAGAUCCCCAUACCAGAACACUGUGUCAUAGAAGACUCAAGCCGUGGCUGUGUUGCAAAGCUGUCGUUCUCGUGCCCUCUAAAGGGGCAUUACUGUCUCUAUACCAAGUCCUGUUUCACCCUCACCAGCCUCCAGCCGCACCUCUGGAUCAACAUCAUGCUGCUUCACCUACAGAGUAAGCACAGCGCUCCCCUCUCCUCUCUGGAUGACUGUGUUCAGAGGUUGGGGACACUGUGGGAGAGGACCCAGCUAAAAGGAGCUCACGGCUUCUCCAUGGCCAUGACACAACAGCCCACUCCACACAGAAAGGACCUGGACAGUCUGCAGAUCCUUCUGGAGGAGGUGCGUUUCUUUGACCUGUUUGGCUUCAGUGAAGCGGAGGGCAGCUGGCUCUGCUACAUGUGCAACAACCCAGAGAAGGCCACAG